CACACACACACACACAAGUCUACUCAACUCUAAUCUCUCGCGCUUCGGACUCUGUCUGGACUCUCUGUAAUCGACCAUGUAUUCCUAAUAACCGGUUGGUGUUUUAACCUGAAGCAUGUGCGGAUCGCCGUCCAUUACUCGUGUAGUUGUGCUGUGUGUGUUGUUGAACUGCUCGCUGUGUGUAAAGAUCCUCCGUCGAGAUGUUCUCAGACUCAGAGAGGAAUGGAUUGGUGCUGAUCGGCUGCUGCCUCGGCUCAGACUCCACACCGUUCUCCAUCAGCGGGACGUGUGUGUGCGCGUGAGGCUGUGUGUUCAUCCUCUGCUGAAAAAUGAAACGCUGGAGAUUAACUUCAGUGACUCUGAAUCUGGUGUCUCCGACACGCUGCGCCUGAUCCCGCAGACACAGCACAGUGUUCUCUGGUGGAUAACCGGUGAUGAUCAGCCUCACGCAAGAAUUCAGACACACGAAACGAACAGGACGUCCCAUCAGACCGCUUGGAUCCUGAAGUACGGCUGUUUCCCGGUGCGGCGCGGCUCCACGGUCACAGUGUCCGUUCACAAAGGCGCAGAGAUGCUGAUCCGUCAAUCUUACACCGUCACAGAUGAUCUUCCAGUUCCUGAAGUCUCUGUGGACGACCGUGAUAAACACUCAGAUGAUGCAGUGCCUGACGCCCGUGUGACUGUGGACGAGCGUCAUAAGCGCUUCACUGUCCGUCUGGAAACGAAUCGACUGGUGAAGAUCAGCCUGUGCUACAAACACUCGUUCCGGGAGUGUGUGGGCUUUCAUUUCCAGAAGAUCGAUCCGGCUGUCCAUCAAACCGUCAAUCUGAGCUUCCCGUUCCUGGUUCCGUGUGUGUGUGUGCAGCUGUGGUUCACCAGCCCUGAUGCCAGACGAGUCACACACUGCCCUCUAAAGGAGGGAACGCUGCCACAUGGCGCUGAUAUCUUGUCCUCCAGCUCAGCAAGAGUCCUCGGCUCUGUUCUGCAUUGGGAGCCUCUCUGUCCUGACGACCAAUCAGAUGUCUCGGUCUCUCUGUGCUGGCGAAUCGGCAUGCAGAACUCUGACUGUGUCCCCGCCCCCAACGCCACCCUCUACGGGACUAAACUGAAGUAUAACGUGUCUGCUGUCGACGAACAUCCUCAGAUGUGUGUGAAGUUUUCUCUGAACGGCAGCCGGCGAGUGUUCUGUCCCUUCGAGUCGGAGAGCCGAUCUCAGUGGAGUGUGAGGGUCGUCCCCGGGUCUCUGCGUCUGCAUGUGUACCUGACGUCUGACACCGCCGCUGCUUUCGCGGCGCAGCUCUGCGUCCGAGAUGGAGACGUGUGUGUAUCGCGAGGACUCGUCACCUCGCGGCAGCUGGACGGGGGCGCCGCCGAGAUGAGCCUGCGCUUCCCCUUCCUCUCAUCAGGAUUGUGUGUGCAGGUGUGGCGCUUGGAUCUCCUUGGAAGAAGAAUAAUCUGCCCUGACUUCACACACAGGCGAUGGGGUCUCGUGAUCGGCACGUCUCUGACUCUCCUGGCUCUCCUGUGUCUCCUGGUGUUCGUCACACGCUGGCUGAUCAGAAGAAUCACAUCAGUGUGGCGUAGCGCUGACCGACGCCCCGUGCUGCUUGUGUGCUCGUCUAACGGCUCAACACACAUCUCUGCAGUGUGCAGUUUGGCCUCCGGCCUGCAGGGGGUGCUGUGUAUGGACGUCAGGCUGGCGCAGUGGAUGCAGUGCCAGCCACAAUCCUCUCUGGCUCAGCUGGGACCCGUGCCGUGGCUGUACGGUCAGUGUCGGGCCGUUCAGAAGGCCGGCGGGCUCGUCCUGAUCGUCUGGAGCCCUGACGCGCAUCGGGCUUAUCGAAGAUGGAGGAACAGCGAAGGAAAGGUUAACUUCAGUGCUGUUGAAGAAGAAGAAGAGGAGGAGGAAGAAGCAGAAGAGGAAGAAUGCAUGGAGAAACCAGUUGAGCUGUCGUGCGUCACGGCUCCUGUGUUUAACGCUGCGCUGUCCUGUCUGUGGAUGGGAAUACGCAGCGAUGGCUACGCUCGGGGAUUCAGGCUAGUUAGCUUCCAGAACAACAACAAUAACACUUUCAUCCCUAAACGGCUCCGGUGUGUCCGGAAGUACUGCCUCCCGAAGGACCUUUCGUCUUUAAUACACGACCUGACCGGCUCAACCACUAGAUGGCGAUGUUGGCCACGUCUUCUGUCCAAAGUGCUGUCGUUCUUCGUGUCUCGGCAGCUCGCGCCGACGCUAGCGGCGAAGCUUCCCACGCCGACCGACAGCCCUAAACUCGUUCCUGGCUUCUCACGGAAAGUAGCGAAACGAAAGACGUGGAGGCAAAAGAAGCGCAGAAGUAAAGUCGUAACAUCGUGCUUGUCCAGAAAAGGGAGUUGGAAGAAAAAGACUGCGCCGGAGCCAAUGAAUUCGUAGCAUGCGAUGGUGCAAAAAAAAUAUGGACGUGACGUCACCCGUUGGUUUCUGAAGAGCAUUUUUAAAGUGGGCGGAGCCGGCCGUCCUCAUUUUGGCUGCACGUCACUCCCGGGCAGCGAGGUGGAUUAGCAUGAUGCUAACAGACAGCAGACGAGCGCUAGUAGUGACAUCAGCGGCAAUCCAGCUGUCACUCAAGUGGCCACGCCUUUAAUUAUGCGGAACUUUAAGGCUUAAUGUAAUUUUAACGGAUGCGUUAUAAAACAAUUCAGCCCCUUCACAGUCG